GGGAGGGAGACAAAGGGAAAGGGAUAGUAGAUCGCGCAGCAUUUGGUAGUACGAGGGAAGCUCUUCUCCAGUCACAGUGCCACUGCCAGCCCCAGAAAUGCCCAACUUUGCAGGAACCUGGAAAAUGAAGAGCAGUGAGAAUUUUGAUGAGCUUCUGAAAGCGCUUGGCGUGAACGCCAUGCUGAGGAAAGUGGCUGGGGUGGCGGCCGCAAAACCCCAUGUGGAGAUCCGCCAGCAGGGGGAGCAGUUCUACAUCAAGACCUCCACCACUGUGCGCACCACCGAGAUCAACUUCCAGAUAGGAGAGGAGUUCAAUGAGGAGACGGUGGACGGCAGGAAGUGCAAGAGUCUUGCCACGUGGGAGUCAGAGAAUAAGAUGCACUGUAAGCAGACGCUGCUGGAUGGGGAGGGACCCAAGACCUACUGGACACGGGAACUGAAAGGGGACGAGCUGAUCCUGACAAUUGGAGCGGAUGAUGUUGUCUGCACGCGGAUUUAUGUCCGAGAGUGAGAACCAGGAGACAAUGGCCAUGACCCCCUGUCCCCCAUCCCUGCUUCUCGAAAUGCAGUGUCAUCUCUGCUGGAUUGACAUCGCUCAUCACUCUCCUGUUACUGUGAUUUUGUGUAAGCCUCUCUCUCUUUCAUAUGGUAGAUUCAUGGAGUGUGUCAGUAUUACAAAAUAAAAAACAGGAAUGGAA